AUGGUGAUGGAUGAGGCGGGAGGAUCAACGCUAGAGACAACAACACAAGCGGCUCAAGGAACGACGUUGUAUGUUUCGGCCUCAAUUUUCUCGAAUUAUCCAUUAAUGUCUGCCCUCAUCGCCUUUGCGCUUGCCCAGACUUUCAAGCUCGGUCUCUCCUGGUACAACGAAAGACAUUGGGAUCUAAAGCAACUUGUUGGAUCUGGUGGUAUGCCGUCGUCCCAUUCAGCAACAGUAGUUGCUCUUAUGGUUGCUGUUGGUUUGCAGGAGGGCUAUGGAGGAUCACUAUUUGCAAUGGCGUUUAUCUUGGCAUGUGUGGUGAUGUAUGAUGCGACGGGUGUAAGAUUACACGCUGGAAGACAAGCAGAGUUUUUAAAUCAAAUUGUAUGUGAACUUCCAGCUGAACAUCCUCUAGCCGAGAGCAGACCAUUGCGUGAACUUCUUGGUCAUACACCUACUCAGGUAGUUGCUGGUGCACUGCUGGGACUUGUUACAGCAACAAUCAUCCAUUUGAUCAUUGGCUCAAGCGUUGGAACUUGA